UAUACCCUCUCUACACAAAAAUGUCUGGAUCUAAGCUCUUCGCUCCCAUCAAGGUCGGUGCCAUGAACCUUGGCCACCGUGUCGCCAUGGCUCCUCUCACCCGUUUCCGCGCCGACAAGGACCACGUUCACACCGACCUCGCCGUCGAUUACUACACCCAGCGCGCCUCAGAGCCUGGUACCCUCUUGAUCACUGAGGCUACUUUCAUCUCUCCUCAGGCUGGUGGCUACAACAACAUCCCCGGAAUCUGGAACGAGGCUCAGAUUAAGGCCUGGAAGAAGAUCACCGACGCUGUCCACGCCAAGGGCUGCUCCAUGGUUAUGCAACUCUGGGCUCUCGGCCGUGCUGCCGACCCUUCCGUCUUGAAGGCUGACGGUUACGACUACGUUUCUUCCUCUGCCACCCCCAUGGCUGAGGGCAUGCCCGCUCCCCGCGAGUUGACCGUCGAGGAGAUCAAGCAGUACGUCGCUGACGAGGCGCAGGCCGCAAAGAACGCGAUUGCUGCCGGUUUCGACGGUGUGGAGCUCCACUCCGCCAACGGAUACCUCGUCGACCAGUUCUUGCAGGACACCUGCAACAAGCGUACCGACAACUACGGUGGUUCCAUCGAGAACCGCGCUCGUUUUGCCUUGGAGUGUAUGCAGGCCAUCACCGAGGCUGUCGGCCAGGACCGUGUCGGUAUCCGUCUUUCCCCCUGGUCUGAGUUCCAGGGCAUGAAGAUGGCUGACCCUAAGCCCACCUUCUCCUACCUCGUCACUGAGCUCGGCAACCGCUUCCCCGAGCUCGCCUACCUCCACGUCGUCGAGUCCCGCAUCGCCGGUAACGCCGACCAGGAGGAGAACCCCCUCGAGAAGUCCGACUUCUUGAAGGACUUGUGGCAGGACAAGGUCUUCUUCACCGCUGGUGGUUACCGGACUGAGUCUGCCAAGGAGGCUGCCGAGCACGAAAACACCGUCGUUGUUAUGGGUCGUUACUUCAUCUCCAACCCUGACUUGGUUAAGCGUAUGAAGGAGGACAAGCCUUUCAACGACUACAACCGCGACACUUUCUACCAGUACAAGGAACCUUCUGAGGGUUACACCGAUUACCCUUUCUUGAACUAGAGGAUUAGAUUUGGUUGAUACGAUACAAAAACAAUACGAGAGAGAGACGGGAAUCAGAAAGCUACACUUAGCAUAGUAAUGUUCGAAUAGAGCGAGAUACACAAGACAGAGUCC